CGAUCAGACUAAUGUCCCGCAGCCGAUCUGCUGCUCUCGUCUCCAAAUGAAAACACGAGAAAGGGAGGCAGACCAGACUCACCGCUGUGCUUCAGAGGACGUGAUCAGUAAUGUUUUACUAAGUUAUGCCUAAAGAAUCUUAAAUGUGUUGAUAUGUUAAAGAAGAGUUUGGAUCACACAGCUGAGACCACCUCAGUGGUUGUAUUAUGGUAGGAUGGAGAACCGGAUCUUCUCCAUCCUGGUCUGAAACACUGCUGUGAGGCGUCUGCAUCCCUUCACCUGCUACCUUCAGUCCAGUCUGCUCACUAUAAACAAGAGAAGGACGGUGAAAGCUGGUCACAACAUCUGUUUGUCCUUUUGAAGAAAAGAUGUAAACACCACAAACAAAACUGAAUUCAGCUGUUUUUCUAAGUGGCACAGGUGCCGGAUAGCCUGUUACCAACCUGUUUCUAACGGGUCAUCUGAACUGCUCUGUACUGGUUACCAUGACAACUGUAACUCUGCAGAUGCUGAUGACACUGGUGUUUAUGUACAGGUGAUGAGACAAACCCUUCUCUUCAGGAUGAAGGGAGCUUUCAGGAGAGUCUGUCUGUUAUCGUCUCUGCUUCUGUCAUAUCUUCAAAGUCUUUUGUGUCAAAGGAGUGACUGUGGCUCCAUCGUGUGGACACUAGUGUUCACUAGCGCAGGCGUGACCGAAGCCACACCACAGCCAAAUGAGAGGAAGAAACACGUGUGAGAGUUUUCAUACCAUGUAUGUCCAUGAGUCUGAACUGUGCAGCGGAAGCCGUGUAAGCAUUUACUCUGCAUGUUGUUGAGUUCCUCUGUCGGGUCGGCAUCCUCACGGCGACGUGGGAACAACGCUGUGUGUUUGCAACGUUACACACAGGAACUAAAAAUGCACAGUUUGUUUUGUUGCUGAGGUGCGUGUGUGCGCGUGCGUGUGUGUUUGCUGCAUCACCGUCCUGGGUAACAGACAGACUCUCACACUCCUCAGUCUCCAGCAAUGAUUGUGCAAUAAACUGAAAUUUAUAUUUUUAAA